AGUUACUAUCUGAAAUUACUGCUGGCCGGUAGAUUGAAUAGUGUAAAAUGAAAAUUAAAGUAUUAAACGGUCAAAAAAUUUAAUUCUAUUAUUAUAUAGUUAAUUAAAUUAACUUUUCAUAAUAUAGUAUAGAUUGCUAUUUUCAAAAGAUUUAUUCAUACGUGUUUUAAACGUUUUCGAUAAACGGUCUCACUGAAACGAUUUUAGCACGAAGACUAUAAAAUAAAGACUAUAAAACAUGAUACUAUGAAAUAACCUGAUUAAUUAAAUAUAUAUUGUUUAUUGUACAUGUUGUUUCAUUUAUUUUUAUUCUGACAAUUGUCGAUCAAACAGCGUGUGUGAUUUUAUUAACAAUGAAGAAAGUAAUAAUGCGUUGGUUUAUGUUAUUUAUCUUCGCAAGUAAGAUAGUACACAUUAUCGGAAAAGUAACUCUGUUGCGUGGAUCAACAUUUUCUAAAUCAUCAAAUCUGAGAAUGAUAUGUCUCUCAGAAAACGAUGGUGGCGCUCUUGUGUGGAACUACAAUUUAAAUGAUCCAAAUUUUAAAAAGGCAAAAUUGUCUGCAAACGAUUUCCGAUUUCACGAUAUCAACAAUAGUUUCAACAAUAAUGAGAUAAAUUGCAAAAUGAAUGCAGAGGAAAAUUGCUUAACAUUAUGGAGGAGAGAUGACUGGAAUCUCACAGAUUCGAUUAAAACACCCAUGGGUCCAGUGUUUGAUCAACGAUGGGAAGACUUUAAAGAAUAUUAUUAUAAUCCUGGAGAUGAUUAUAAAUACAUAAUUCAACUUCCUAUCACUUUAUCACUCUCUUUUUCGGUUCGUACAUCUCAUCACGCGCAUAUAUUAAUUUGCAAUGGUCAAAAUUAUAAUAAGGAUUUUUGCUAUUGGAUUACAAUAGACUCGGAAAAUAAAUCUGUUAUACGAAAGUGUGCGAAUAAAAUGAAUAAAUGGCUGAAAGCUUCAGCAUGCAAGAAAGUAGCAGUUAGUUACAAAACUAUAUCGUUGUCUGAUAAUGAGUGGCGAUCGUUCAUUCUCUCAUGGGAUGCUAUAUUUCGAACAAUAAUCAUCUAUGAUACUGAUGAAAGCAUUAUAACAUAUAAAGACUUAGAAGAGAACGAACGUUCAAACUAUGAUUACCAUAUGUUCAUCGCAAGUUAUUAUUCAUCAAUGUUGUUUCGAUUUCAUAUUUACAAUUUUCUGCAUACAAAUGUCGAGACUGCAACUUUAUUAAGUCCUGCCUUUCAAUUUAAUAAUAAAUCAAUAUGCAUACAAUUAUUAAUUGGACUGUGUAACGAAUGUAAUGCACACGUAUUGUUGCGAGAUUCCACGACACAUAAAACGAUAGGAAUGGUUGCAGUAAAAGGCUCAUCAGAAGCCAAAGUUCAUCGUUUACCUAUGUGGCAAUCUGUCAAAAUUAAAAGUCAUUUUUCAGCGAAUAAUUAUAGUUCAGUAAUAAUUCAAUUAAUUCCUAAACUAAUUAGAAAUAUUUCUAAACCUCUGUGGGCGAUAGCGAAUGUUCGUCAAUGUCCUCAAAAUGAAGCUUUGAGAAAAAGAUAA